AUGCUCGAGGCUCGUUGUCGGGUUUUGCCCUUUUCUUUUUUUUUUUACCCUCACCCCAAGAAGGGAGAGGAGGAGAGAACACAACCUGCUUCUCUACGAUGCGAAUUUUGUCUACGCGACUUUGGCAACAUUGGAGGUCUCGCCUGCCACAAAAAGUUUAAACAUCCACCUGGAACUCCAAUUCCGCCAGCAACCAUACAAGUAACGUUUCCGCGAAAUAAGAAACGCCAGCGAGAUCCGUCGCCAUCACCAGAGCGUGAGGACAGAGAAAAAGUCCAAUGCGGAGUAUGCCAGAAGUUCUACGCCCACCUAGACUCCCUCGUAAUACACUGCAGA